UCAAUAUCCCGAAAUAUGCUGAAAUAUUCUUAAACAUGUAUAAACAGUUCUUUAUACCGAAGAUCCGCGACAGGGUAAGUUAUGACGUUAUCAUAUUUUAUUUUGUGCUCCUCAUUAAUGAAUAUUCUAGUUUAUCGUGCACAGCUCACCGAACGAGCUUCAAAAAUAUAUACCAAAAUCACUUCUACCGAUGGAUUAUGGUGGAGAUCUACCAAACCUGAGAACACUAGCUGAUGAAUGGAACAAGAAUUUUGAAAAAUAUGCAGAAAGAUUUGACCAACUGGAGAAGUUGAAGGUAGACGAAACACUGAGGUCAACCCCACUAAAAGACGACGAAUUGUUGGGUGCUUAUGGACACUUCAGAAAAUUGGACAUUGAUUAGGUUAUCUUAAGAUAUAUUUUGUGCUACUUUUAUAGUAUACAGGGUAAUUGAGGCUCUAUUUAAACUUUGCACGCAG